UAGAUGGACUUUCUCCCAUGGCUAUGAGAACAUUAUUAAGCCAACAUUUUCCAAAUCAUUUGGGAGGUAACUGAGUUCAUGAAUUUGCAGUACAUUUGUAGUCCUAGCAGGCUGCCUUUUAUGAUGCAUGUUCCCUCUGUACUGAAUAUUGGCAGGCUAUCUUUGGUGAUCUUGUCCUAUAAUUUUUUCUGCACUCCGAUCGAGUUACUAAUAUAAUCAGGAUAUCAUCAUCUUCUGCGGUUAGUUACCUGGCCAUCUGCCGACAUGGAGGACAUGAGCCUGUUCAUCAAGUGUGCGACGAACACGCUGCAGCACGAGCAGCCUGGACUAGCCGCCGCCGGUCUUGACUUCAGCGAGGCUACCUUCCCCUCGCUCCAAGCGCUCCGCGAGGCGUCGCACGCAGCCGAGAUGGUCCAGGAGCUGAUCAACGGCGUCCAUGCACCAAACAGCUGGAGCUCCGCCGGCGGCGACGGCGCGGCGAGCUUGAACUUUGCGCAGCCUGGCAGCAACCCCCUUCGCGGUCUGCCGGAUCUGGGGCACGGGCCGCCGCCAACGAGGAGAACCGGCGUGGGAUCCAUGUCGGCGUCGUACGCGCAGGACCACAUCAUCGCAGAACGGAAGCGGCGAGAGAAGAUCAACCAGCGGUUCAUCGAGCUCUCCACUGUUAUCCCCGGCCUCAAGAAGAUGGACAAGGCGACGAUCCUUUCGGACGCGACAAGGUACGUGAAGGAGCUCCAAGAGAAGCUCAAAGACGUGGAGGCCGGCGGCAGCAGCGGCAGGAGCAUCGAGACCCGCCUGGUGCGCGCCAAGAGGCCAUGCCUCCAUGCCGCGGCCGCGACGGAGGAUGAUGGCUCCCAGCGGUCGGCGUCGCCUGGCACACCGACAGCGAGGAAAGAGCUACCGGAGAUUGAGGUCCGGUUCUCAGAGAAGAACGUGAUGGUGAGGGUUCACUGUGAGAAGAGCAAGGGGGUGGUCGUGAAGGUGCUCACCGAGAUCGAGGAGCUCCAACUCACCGUCAUCCACGCCAAUGUUAUGCUGUUCUCCGCUUGUACUCUGAUCAUAGCCAUCACGGCCAAGGUUGAGGAGGGUUUCUCCGCAACAAAAGAGGAGAUUGCCGACAGACUCGACUCUGCAUUACUGAACCAGCAUAGCAGCUGCAACAGCACUGAAGAAACAGGAACAUAUUGAAGGCAGCCAGCUUGCUCGUGUGCACAAAUAAUAAACACACAUGCAACGGUAUGAAACGUCUGAGAUGUGUAGUCAUAGUAUGUGAAGCACUGAAGCAUGGGUGGUGUUUUUUUUUUAGUUUUAUGAUUAUUUACGGCUUGAGUUUUUCGAUCUCCCCUUUGGUGUGCCGUCGAUUCACGUAUGUAGCGUGCAUGCAAGUGAUGCGAUUAACCAUCAGAUCCCAUGCACACCGUAUGUCAAGUGGUCAUUGGCCGUGCAGUAUUCACACUAGCUAGUGGAUGCUCUUGCGACGAGAAUUUCUGCACCACAUGUUGGCAAUUUGGCUGAAAGCUCGAAUACUUAAUUGCUAAUUACUACGUACGAAGAAAGGUUCUGCACCACAUGUUUAGACUUAACGGGAAACAUCAACGACCAAAGCAGAUGAAUGCUACUGUCGUUGCAGAAAAAGCUCUCAAGAAAGAUCAAUAAUCAAGUACUUCUUCAAGUUACGUUUUAUUUGCAUCGAGCCUUUUCAUGCAUGUAAAAUAUAUAUGUAAGAUCAUGUGCUAUAGUACUACAAACUGUUCAUGA